CCCUUCUACCCCACAAAUCCUGGGAAUUCCGAACUACCCCCCCUUUGUCUCAGACACAUCCGUUGUUGCCGCGCCGUAUCAGCUCUUAUCCGUGCCUGAGGAGCAACCACCCUCUGGUACUUCGGGCUCACCAAGUUACACCAGACACCCUGCAAUGCGCCUCCAGCAGGCGAUCUAAUCACGUCUACCUCACCGGUCAUAAACCCCAAGCUACUAACACAGUGUCUUCGCGAGUCGAUCCAUCGUCAUGCCUUCAAUCCUGAAUGAUAACGACAAGGAAACAGUCAGGAGAACUGUACCAAAGCCUGACAACAAAAUUCUAGCGGUGGCCGUUGCGCGCCUCUACGUGGCUCACCCAGACACCCAGAGAUGGACGUACACCGGUCUGCAGGGAGCUGCAGUCCUAGCAAAUGACCUGGUCGGCCGUACUUUUUGGCUGAAAUUGGUGGACGUAUCGCCUGCCAAUAGGGGAGUCAUUUGGGACCAAGAGAUCUACGACAACUUCGCGUACAACCAAGAUCGCACGUUCUUCCACUCCUUCGAACUAGAAGACUGUCCCGCCGGACUGUCGUUCGCUGACGAGAAAGAGGCCAAGACAUUCAUUAAGAAAGUACAGGAACGAGAAAAGCAUGCGAGCAAAGAGACACGGCAGACGCCCUUUGCAUCUACCCGAGGCCAGGGCCCUGCUCCGGUGGUGAACGGCAAAUCCGGGGUUGGACGGUCGCUGUUUGGCAGCUUACUCGGCCAUCGCUCAUCAUCAGGAUCUCAUGUACCCCCACCGGUGACACCUGCGGAACUGCCUCCUGCUCCAUCAAUCCAAGUUGCUCCUCCACCUCCACCUUCAGCCAGCCCAUCACGCAAGGAACUGCCGUUCGACACCAAUGACCCCGCAUUCAAGGGCGUACUGGACGAGCUCCUACAAAUGGGCAUUACGGAAGACUUGAUCGCGGAGAACUUCGAUUUCAUCAAGUCCUAUAUCGAACAGAAACAGGCAUCAACGCCCAGCCCGCCUUCUGCCGAUGAUCAAAGGAAAGGCAAAGCGCCGCCUCCACCUCCCCCGUCUGCGCCGCCUGCUCCCAAGGUGGCGGCCAUCAGCCCACAGAACACUGGCAACAGCACAGGGAGUCGACGAGGUGCUCCGCCGCCCCCUCCCCCGACGCGGAGGACUCGAAUGGAUACGACGGAUGACGAGCCUGCCUCGAAACGUGAACCGUCUCCUCCCAGGAAUCGGUUUCGUGCGCCGCCUCCGAUUGCAGAUGCUGGUAAAUUUGCUCACACACCAUUGCCGCCUACUCGCCAACGGGCCUCGUCAAAUGCUACACCCGGUCCUCCACCUCCUCCACGGCCUCCAAAGACUCCAAUGGACGAGAACCAGUCCCGCUUUGGCGUUCCCCCACCGUUCCAGGGCGAGCGCAAGGUGUCUGCCCCUCCCGCACCUCCCAGUCGGCCAGGGCCUUCAGGGCCACCCCCUCCCCCUCCACGCACUAUGAGCCCUGCAGCACCUCCACAGCUACCUCCCAAAGUUCCCAAUGCCUCUGCAGCAGGGCCUCCACCUCCGCCACCCAGAAGUCCUUUGCAGCCGCCGCCCCCACCCGUGCCUUCCGCUUCCCGGCCUAUUCCUCCCCCGCCUACAUCAAGCGUGCCUCCUCCUCCACCCCCGCCUCCUACGUCGAGUGUUCCCCCUCCGCCUCGUCCCCCGCCCGUUUCAAGUGCUCCUCCCCCGCCUCCACCCCCGCCAUCGCAUCCUUCGCCUAGCGCCGGUCCUCCUGCGCCGCCUCCGCCCCCACCGCCACCGACCAGCUCGGUCCCACCUCCACCCCCUCCGCCUCCGCCAGCACCAGGAAGUUCAGUCCCACCACCACCUCCUCCUCCACCGCCAGGAGCUGGUGCUCCUCCUCCGCCGCCCCCGCCUCCUGGAGCUGGUGCGCCUCCGCCGCCGCCUCCUCCAGGUGGAGCUGCUCCGCCCUUACCCAAACCUGAAGGUGGUAGGAAUGACCUCAUGGCUGCUAUCCGGGCAUCUGGAGGAAAGGGCGGCGGUGGCCUGCGGAAGGUCAAGGAGAAUGAGAAGCGUGACCGGAGUGGAGCCGCCGUGCCUGGCUCAGCCAGCGAAUCGUCCGCGCCCACUCCUAGUGGUGGUGCUGCUCAAGGAGGCCUGGCAGGUGCUUUGCAAGACGCUCUGGCGAAAAGAAAGCAGAAGGUCAGCGGUAGCGAUGACGAAAAGGAGGACGAUGACGAUUGGUGAGCCUUGCUUGAAGGUACUCUCUCAUUAUUCCUAAAAUCAAUGUUGUUGUCGUGGAUUAGACUUUUGGAUUUUGUGUGAUACCUCCGUCGUGCAGC